AUCAAAGUUUGUUAGCGUUUGUGAUUGUGAGGGAGGUUAUUUUUAUUCAAUUCAGCGCUGUAAACAAAUAACAACUAAUUUAGUUAUAACAACAAUAAGAGUUUCGAAACAAAGAUGCCGUACGCCAAUCAGCCUUCUGUGCACAUCACUGAAUUGACAGACGAUAAUGUAAAAUUCGUCGUCGAAGACACCGAGCUUAGCGUCGCUAACAGUAUGAGACGAGUGUUUAUAGCAGAAACCCCAACAAUGGCUAUUGAUUGGGUGCAGCUUGAGGCAAAUUCCACUGUUCUAAGUGACGAAUUCUUGGCGCAUCGCAUCGGUCUCAUUCCACUAAUUUCCGAUGAUGUAGUUGACAAGAUACGUUAUUCGCGAGAUUGUAUGUGCGCUGAUUUCUGUUCAGAAUGCAGCGUAGAGUUCACACUGGACGUCAAAUGCACCGGAGAUCAAACUAGACACGUUACCACAGCAGACCUGAAGUCGAGCGAUCCGAGAGUGGUGCCUGUGACGUCGCGGCACAGGGAUGAAGACCAGGCCGACUAUGGUGAAACUGAUGAGAUUUUAAUCAUCAAGCUUCGGAAAGGACAGGAGUUGAAGUUGAGAGCAUAUGCUAAGAAAGGUUUUGGAAAAGAACAUGCUAAAUGGAACCCAACCGCUGGAGUUUCCUUUGAAUAUGACCCUGACAAUAUUAUGAGACAUACGUUGUACCCUAAACCUGACGAGUGGCCAAAAAGUGAACACACUGAACUAGAUGAAGAUCAGUAUGAAGCAGAAUUUAAUUGGGAGGCCAAACCUAACAAGUUUUUUUAUAAUGUUGAGUCAUCGGGGGCACUGAAACCUGAAAAUAUUGUCCUCAUGGGUAUCAUAGUGUUGAAGAAUAAAUUGCUUAAUUUACAAGUACAGUUGGCUCAGGAAGCACAAAAUGAUGCAUUAGCUAUUAAUUAAAUAUAAUCAAAUGUAAAUAUCAAUAAAAAGACUUAAUCAUUCGAA